CUAUGGAAAAACAGAAAAAAGUUAAACUGUCAUCCAGAACAAAUAAAAAUAUGGUACAUCCUGACAGCUGUGUGGCAGAGAAAUAUACGUGAAAAAUUAGAAUAACUCUAUAUUUGAAUAUAGACAGUUCAAAUAUUUAGCAGAAUGACGAAUAAUAGGAAAAGACCAAGAAAUAAUAAAGAUGAAGGUGAAUGCUUACCUUUAUCGAAAAGAAUAAACAAUCUUCAUAUUAACAAUAGGUUAAUGUUUGAAAAUCAAGAAGGGCAUCGUCAGAACCCAAUUCAAGUAGGGCCUGGUCCCCCAUCUUACAACAUGCCUCAGAUUGAUAAUCCCACAGACAACAAUGACUAUCAGCAAUCAAUGCCCAACUAUGCACCUGAACUGGAUGAAUCACAAAAUCCACAUUAUUUCAAUAUAAAUAAACUUCUUUACGAGAUGUACCUCGAGAGAUCACGAAGAGAUUCACGUUAAAUCAUAGAUUAAGUUUCCAAUUAAUAUUUGUACCUUUCAAUUGAGUUUUAUAUAUGAAAAUGCAUUUCAUCUGAGUGAGGAUAAGAAGGAUGUGUCAUUUAUUUCUAAAGAAUUAUUUCUUUGUGAUAUCUGAUAUGCUAUUUUCAUUACUGCCAUUUUGAAGUAUUUUCUGCAUUGCACGAGAUGCAUUGAAAAUAAAUUGAGAUAUAUUAAUAUUCUAUGAUAUUCUGUUUGCAUUGAUGAACUUUGUUAUAUUUAUUAGAAGUACUUGGAUUUGAAAAUGUUGCAUUGAAGAAAACAGGGUUGUUUAUUAACUGAAUGUGAUCAGAAAUAUGUGAACAAUAUUCAACAUAUAAAGUAUAUUUAAGUCAAUUUUUUUUGUUGAUAAAUUUAUUUCCUGAGAAAAUGCAUUUGAAUUAAGACUUUGAUAUCUUGGAUCAAAGUUUUGAGCCAAUAAGACAAAAGAUCAAUAGUUUGAUCCUUUCUUUUAUAAAUUAUUUUUAUCGUUUACUAUUAAACAUUGGAAAAGC